GGAUAUCAUUGGCUGCGCCCAGAAGCUAUGGAUUAUAUAGUUACAUUGAGAUUCAUAGUUACAUUGGCGUGAGAUGGAAUGAGGGGUAAAGCACCGGAGUAUGUUGCUUUAUAACCAAAGCGAUGUUCUAAAAACUCAACUAAAUACUAUUCCCUCUUCUUAACAUUAAUUCUUCUUCAAAAUGCGACUUUUUAGGUUUCUUGUCCUUUUAGCCGGACUAAUAUCUCGAACUGUGUCCUCGGAAUCCUCAAAAUGUCCCAAUAUCUCUCCAGGUCCAGCGUCUUCUUUUCAACUCAUAGAACUCCUCCCCCUAUUCCCUCCCACAGAUCCCAUUGCCAUAGAAACUAUUCGUAACACAUGAUCUCUAUACGCAUUUGCGGUCGACGGACGCAAUGUAAGACAAAGAUUAAAACCCCCAAUUUCCGUAAAACUUCUCAAAAUCUACUCCAAAAUGCCAGAAAUCUGAAUCCUAACACCUUGUUUCUCAAUCCAGUGGCAAGCAUUCUCCCGGGUCUUCGCCUCAGAUGCCCGAGCAAAUUACUCAGAACCCUGUUCUCUACGGAUUGCAAAACAUCACCAAUGCCAUUUCAGGCAAAACCGAAGAAUUUUCGUGGACACAUCAUAGAUAUGGUACCCAGUAUAUAGCGAUAUGUCCGCCUACCUCAGCUAUCUCUGUGACUUAUCUUAAAGCUAGUCAUUUUUUCUUGCUGGACACGGUGCCGGUUGUGGAAGAUGGUAGCCAUACCCUUCUUGCGACGGGGAGGUAUGAAGAUACGUGGGGGAAAGAGAACGGGACUUGGAAGAUUAUGAAUCGGAAUCUUGUUUAUAUUGGACCUUUGAUCUUGAGUACUGCGUAGGAUUUAAUUGUUGGGGUGUCGAACUAUGCUCGAAGUUUGUCUUUUGAAAUAUUGGAAAUCAAAAUUCCCAGGCUUUCGGUAGCA